UGGCUGCGCGCAGGAGGCAUCAGAGUGAGCAGGAGCAGCGAGCACAGCCUGAGGAGGAGUGCUGACGAAGGAGGAGAGCUGGAGCGGAUCAUCAGCUGCCAGAUGAGCCAUCACUGACAGCUGCAGACCCGGCUCUGUGCUGGGCACCCCGAGCGAGGCGCAUGAAUCUGCGCCUCACUGCUCUCAAGUCACAACACAUUUUUUUAACCUUUUUUAAACUAGCUCAUCACCAUCAUGGUUCUUGGUAAAGUUCGGGCCUUGGCGGUGUACUUUGACAGCCUGAACGAGAACAACCUGCCGGUAUUCUCUGGAGGAGACCUGGUGUCGGGGCGGCUGGUGGUGGAGGUCACUGGGGAUGUGCGGGUGAAGAGGUUGGACAUAACGGCGCGCGGGGUCGCCAAGGUCCGGUGGACGGAGUCCAGGAACGCCGGAGCCAACACAGCUUACACUCAGAACUACACGGAGGAGGUGGAAUACCUGCACCACUACGACACCCUGAUCGGAGAUGAGAGAGAUGAAGAUGGUCCAGAAGAAGGUCUGACCAUCCUGCACGCGGGUCUGCACGAGUUCGCCUUUAGCUUCAGCCUUCCUCAGAUGGCUCUGGCCACUUCCUUUGAAGGGAAGCAUGGCAGCGUGAGGUACUGGGUGAAAGCUGAGCUCCACCGGCCCUGGCUGCUGCCCGUCAAAGUCAAGAAGGAGUUCAUUGUGUUUGAGCACAUCGACAUCAACACACCGCUCCUGCUGGCACCUCAGGCUGGAACAAAGGAGAAGACUCUGUGCUGCUGGUUCUGUGCUUCAGGUCCGAUCUCCCUCAGUGCCAAAAUAGAACGAAAGGGCUACACACCAGGUGAGUCCAUCCAGAUCUUUGCAGAGGUGGAAAACUGCUCUUCCCGCGUUGUGGUGCCUAAAGCGGCGCUAUACCAGACGCAGACCUUCGUCGCCAAGGGCAAGGGCAAGCAGAUCCAGCAGCUAGUGUCUAACCUGCGCGGGGAGCCUUUGCAGCAGGGGAAAAGCCAGAGCUGGGAGGGCAAGCUGCUAAAGAUCCCCCCAGUGUCCCCCUCCAUACUAGACUGCCCCAUCAUCAGAGUGGAGUACGAGCUCAUGGUGUAUGUAGACAUUCCUGGAGGGUUGAACCUCUCUCUGUCGUUGCCGCUGGUGAUCGGGACCAUACCUCUGCAUGCGUGCAGCACCCGGACCUCCAGCAUUAGCAGCAACUGCAGCAGCGUGAGCUGGCUGGGCCUGUCCGAGAGACCUGAGGCCCCGCCAAGCUACAGCGACCUGGCUAUAUCAGAGGCUUACAGGCAGGACUGUCUGCAGGGCUGCGAUAGAUCUGGGGGGGAGGGCGAGGACCAGGGAUCUCUGCUGACAUACAUCACAGAGUUCAGAUAUCUGCCUCCACCACUCUACUCUGAGGCGGACCCGUACCCUGACAGUGUGGAGGUCUGUGGGACCGGAGACAUCAGAAGACUGGACAUGUGUCCAUCUCGCUGAAGACUGCUCAGGAGCUUGGAGACUUCAGCUUAAACAAGCCAGCGUUGGACACAGCCAGCUUCUCAACAGACUGCACGUCACCAUGGAAACGGCUGGACCCUCAGAUCAUGUGGUGAUCCGUAGAAGAGAUGGACCAAGGAUUCUUCAUAGAUCCUGUUUUCAGGGUGUCCUCUGGCAGCACCGUAGAAAAAGAAGAAGACCUCCCGGCUGCUCAGAGGACGCCUCCUCCUGCCUCACAGUGAAUUUUGCACAUGCCGUUCUUACUGUUUUCCUCUCAGAUCGCAGCGGGCUUACAUGCUACCGUAGGUUCUGUUCAAAAACGUAUAGCACUCUUAAAGGGGCACAUAACAAAUGGACGAAAGCUGUCCUCGGUUGUAGCUUGAGCUCAUGAUUUGGGCCUGAAGGUGGCACCGUCACCGACCAGACGUCAGGUGGAAAUGAUCUUGUUUCAUGAACAAAGAUUUCAUUUUUUUUAAAGUAAAGCAGAAACUAAUGACGAUUAGGCCGAAACGCGUCACGUCAACGACCACCUCAAGGGCUUUGAGCUCGAAUGUGUGUGUGUGUGUGUGUGUGUGUGUGUGUGUGUGUGUGUGUGUGUGUGUGUGUGUGUGUGUGUGUGUGUGUGUGUGUGUGUGUGUGUGUGUUACAGAGUGUGUUUGUUUAAUAAGAUACAGCACAGCUGGGACCAGCCAGGACAGCAAGUGGUCUGUUGGUUUCUGCUCCUGUAGCUGCAGACCCUUUGUGUGUGAGGAUGUUACGAAGCUUUUUGAUCGAUAAAACAAAAGCAACAAAUAAAAGAAAUGUUUACAGAUAAAUAUAUCAGAUUAAGAAUGUUAAAUAAUGACUUCAUCCACCUGAAACAUCAAAUUACCAAGUGCAAUAUGUUUUUGUAUCUAUUUUCUGUUUGCACUAGUUUUCAUAUAGUCUUUUGCUGUUUUUAUCCAUUUCUGUGCAUUAUAAAUAUUAUUAUUAUCAUGAUCUUACUGCUGUCAUGAUCAACUUUUGAUAAAAUAAAAGAUAUAUUUUAUAAAAUAA